CCCUUCCUGUUUUUAGGGUUAAACUUCGGAGGCGCUGCUGAAGGGUUAACCCGCAGCUAACUAGACUGUCAACAAGCCUAAACUAUUCGGUACCGUCAGUGUUUUUUUCCGUCUGAGCGGCGUGUGGUCGACACCAGUGGUCGGUUGAUUUAUCGAGGUGGACCUUACGCCAAAUUUUAAGUAGCAGGAAGCAGCCGGGGGAGGGGGGUGGCUUCAGCAGAGCACUGAGCUAGCAGGCUAACACGCGGCCAAGCAACGGUGUGUGAAUUUCUUUAUUCAGCCUUCAUCUGAUCACAAAAAGUCGUGGGAUUGAGCUCCCCGCGGGUCUGCGUGAGCUGUUCCCACCGCCCCAUGCCCGCCUGCGCGGAUGGGAGAGAGCUAGCUAGCCGGCGGAGCUGAAGAGGUAACCAGCCAGCAGUGGUGUUAAACAUGGAGGAUGAAGAGGUUGCAGAGAGCUGGGAAGAGGCAGCGGACAGCGGGGAAAUAGAGAGAAGGCUAGAAGCUAAACUGAAAAUAAAUCAGGAGGCAAAGAAGUCCAGCUCGGGUUCAGGUGGCUCACCUGUUCGAACUGCUAUUGUAAUCCAGGACGACUCUCUACCUGCAGCACCCCCACCACAAAUUCGAAUUCUGAAACGUCCUACAAAUAACGGUACCGCAGGAAACCUUGCAUCCUCGACUCGUCCCUCUCAGCAGAUGAAGUCUUUGGCCCAGAGGGAGGCAGAAUACGCAGAAGCACGAAAAAGGAUUUUGGGUAGUGCAUCUUCAGAUGAUUCGUCUCAGGACAAUCCAUGCCAGGACAGGCCAGCUCGUAUGACCUCGCAGCAACCACCAGACCCAGUUCGUCCAAACAAUCAUGUGAUCCGCCAGCCCACUGGCCCAGACGGCACCUCAGGCUUCCGACUGUGCAGAUAAGCAGGAGCUACCUGCUGCAAUGAAUUAUCUGUCUCCCUGAGGGGGCAUAAAGGGUGGCAGUUAAAGGGGUUGUGUGUGUUAUGAAGAGCAGAGUGGUGGGAUGAUUCAAAAUUUGACAGACGUUAGAAAUGUGAAGAUGUAGCAUGGAUUGGACUGAACCUCUCCACCCUCUCUCUACUCUGCUUACUGGGAUGGUCUUUGCCUUUCACCUUGUCUUUUCCUCCCGUGGAACAAAGCAAGGGGCUGGCAGAGAUCAGCCAAAGAUCUGAAACCCCUUCUGUUCCACACUGUGAACAGGCUUUCGCCUCACAUCCCUACACACUGUGAUACUUCGAUGUACCAUGAGGUGCCCUAUGAUUUUAAGUAUGAUUGGCCGGCCUAGCGCCAGGGCAUCAGGUGUCUGUCUCUUCAGGGAGAAUAAGGAGAGCUUGUGAAUCUGUGGGAAUUCCCCGGAGAGGUGCAAACGACCGAGCUGGCCUCGCCACCGACGGAGCGCGGAUCGCGGCUGGGUGUCCGCCCGGAAGCUGGCCUCAGUUUGUCGGGUUCAGUGGAAAUGAAGUGCUUGACAGUGCCAAGAGUUUACUGUGUGUUCUUGGAUGCGAGGUGAGACAAAGUCAAACUGAUCGAACACUUUGAGUAGAAGUGCACUGUGCUCAAAGGUGUGCUUUUAUACUGUAGUUGCAGUGCAGUGGCAGAGGCCCAGAGCAGCACUUUCCACAGUCCACAGGCCUCCGUUUGGCGCUGGUGGCUCUGAAAGAAAAGCUCGGUGGGCACAAAACCCGUGGCCAAAGAUUAUAGGUCGGAAGGACAGAAUGUCACUAAAUCUAAGCUUAUUCAAGCAAUAAAGAUGAAUUUACUCCCUAGAUUAUUUUUUACAUAUUGCCUAAUUAUCUGUGCUGUGUUUUGUUUCAAAUUAUCUUUGGUUUUAAACAGUUGACAUUGUUUCUUCAUGUUUGUGUUUUUUUUCCGAGACGUUAAAGUCAGGAGAUUAGUAGUGUAUCAGAGAUUAGAUGAUGUAGUCUGCAUAGGAAACUUUAUUGGUAGUGUCAUAUUAAAUUUUAAUAUGUCAUUAAUAAGUCAAACUUUUUCAUGAAUUGAAGAUCUCAAGUUAUUGUGCAUAAAGUUUGUGUGUUGCCUUGCUGCUUCUAACCAGAUUUGCUAAAUUGGAAUUUCUCUUACAGCCAACUUUACUGCAUCUGUCUAGAAAAUAAGGUGUUUUUUUUUUGUUAUUGCACCAGUUGAUGUAUAUUGACUGAUUGCUUUAAUAAGAUUAUAGUUUGCAAAUUCCUCAGAAAUAACUAUUUGAUGCCCCGUGUGGAAGAUGAUAAAAAUGAUCUCAAAAAUAAAAGAAAUCUCAUCUCAAACGAAGCCAAAUUUCA